AUGCAGAGCCUUCAGGUUCAGCAACCAACCGCCGGCGGACCCACCGGCCCGUACAACCCGACGGCGACGGUGACCAAGCCAUUCCUCAACGGCACGAGCGGCCUCGCCAUGAGGUCGAGUUCUCCCACCACCAUCUUCUCCAAAGUCGUCAAGGGCCGCAACCCCGUGAACCGAACCGGUCGGGUGGCGCACUCCGGGGUGGCCGUGAAGGCGAUCCUCGGCGGGUUCGGGGCGUUCAACCCGCUGGCCGGCGUGAAAGUUAAAGCCGUCGUCACCGUGAAACAAACCGUCGGCGGGGUUCUGGCCGACACCGUGCUGGUGCCCAACACGGUUGCUGACUUGGCCGGAACUUCCAUGAUCUUGGAACUCAUUCCCGCCGACCUUGAUCCCAGUACGGGAAAAGAGAAGCCGACGGUGAGCUCGUUGGCUAGCUUCGUCGGCAUAGAUGGCUCGGAGAUCAAGUAUGAGGCAUCAUUUGGCCUCUCCUCCGAUUUCGGAAAGGUCGGAGCGAUUCGCGUCGACAAUUUGCACACCAGGGAGAUGUUCCUCAAGGACAUCGUCCUUGACGGCUUCGCCACCGGCUCCGUCAACAUCGAAUGCGAGUCCUGGGUUCCGGCCAUGUUAUCCGGCCAGCCCAGAAGGGUCUUCUUCACAACCAAGUCGUACUUGCCAUCUAAUACACCAGCGGGGUUGAAGAAGCUGCGGACUGAUGAGCUUGUGGUUCUUCGAGGGACUGGUCAAGGUGAGCGCAAGAAAGGCGAGAGGAUAUAUGACUACGACGUCUAUAAUGACCUCGGAAACCCAUCUAAUCCAGAUUCAGCCAGACCUGUAUUGGGUGGGAAAGAGAAUCCUUACCCCAGGCGAUGCAGAACAGGACGACCACGAUCAUCCACAAAUCCCGCAGACGAGACAAGGGGUCUUUACUUCUAUGUGCCUCGUGAUGAAGAGUUCUCGGAGAUUAAGACGGCACAAUUUGGUGUGAAGACAUUGUACUCAGCUUUGCAUGCCUUGAUACCAAUUCUGGAGGCCAUACUCAUCGACCCUAAUCUGAGCUUCCCACACUUCACAGCUGUGAACAACUUGUUUGACCAAGGGCUCAACUUGCCUCCCUAUUCUCAAACAACUCUCACAUCUUUCCUGCCUACCCUAGUCAGGAACACAGCUGAAGGUAGCAAUGACGUGUUGCAGUUUGAGGUCCCUCCGACAAUGGAUAGAAACAGCUUUUUCUGGUUCACUGACGAGGAAUUUGCUCGGCAGACACUUGCUGGUGUAAAUCCAUGUACCAUAAAGUUGAUUAAGGAUUGGCCAAUUAUGGGCACUCUGGACCCAGCUGUUUAUGGUCUUCAGGAGUCUGGAAUCACUAAAGAACUCCUUGAGAAAGAAAUAAGAGGCUGUACAACACUAGAUGAGGCCAUCCAACAAAAGAAGCUUUUCAUGCUUGAUUACCAUGAUGUCUUGCUACCAUUUGUGGGCAAAGCCAGAGAGCUCGACAACUCAACAUUAUACGGGUCACGAACGGUAUUCUACCUCGCCCCAUCCGGCACACUGAAGCCUCUAGCCAUCGAACUCACUCGCCCCCCAUUGGAUGGAAAACCACAAUGGAAGAAAGUCUAUACACCAAACUCUUCUUCUUCUACAGAUGUCUGGUUGUGGAGGUUUGCCAAAGCACAUGUCCUGGCUCACGACUCUGCCUAUCAUCAACUCAUUAGUCACUGGCUGAGAACUCAUUGCUGCACAGAGCCGUACAUAAUUGCAGCAAAACGCCAGCUCAGCGCGAUGCACCCAGUACACCGCCUCUUGCUCCCUCACUUUCGGUACACGAUGGAGAUCAAUGCGCUAGCACGACUAGCUCUGAUCAAUGCCGGCGGAGUCAUUGAGACAACUUUCGCUACCCUCAAGUAUGCCAUGCAGGCUAGCUCCGCAAUCUAUGGCCAAUCUUGGCGUUUUGAUAAGGAGGGACUACCUCAUGAUCUAAUUAACCGUGGACUGGCUAUGGAAGACCCAUCUUCCCCACACGGUGUGAAGCUAACCAUAGAAGACUACCCAUACGCCAACGAUGGUCUCCUCAUUUGGGAUUCCAUCAAAAAAUGGGUGACCGACUAUGUCAACCAAUACUACCCCGACUCCAAAUCUGUCUCCUCUGACGCUGAGCUCCAAGCAUGGUGGUCCGAAGUCCGCUACCAAGGUCACGAGGACAAGAAGGACGAAUCAUGGUGGCCGACGAUCUCCACCCCGCAGGACCUCAUCGAAGUUUGCACGACCAUCAUUUGGGUGGUCUCGGGCCACCAUGCGGCUGUCAACUUUGGGCAGUACGCAUUUGGGGGUUACUUCCCGAACCAGCCGACCAUCACUCGUGUCAAAAUGCCGGACGAGGACCCGACUGAGGAGGAGUGGAAGCUAUUCAUGAAGAAACCUGAGCGCGCGUUACUCGCCACCUUACCUUCUCAGAUUCAGGCUGUCACGGUCAUGACUGUUUUGGACGUGCUGUCGGCUCAUAGUCCCGACGAGGAGUAUCUCGGAGGGCCUAUUGAGUCCGCGUGGCACGAUGAGCCGAGCGUGAAUGCAGCUUUUGAGAAUUUUACUGCUAGGCAGAUCGAGAUCGAGGCCGAGAUCGAUGCGAGGAAUGCUGAUCCGACGAGGAAGAACAGGGUUGGAGCUGGUAUAUAUCCUUAUGAGCUUCUGAAGCCGUUUUCAGAAAGUGGAGUUACAGAGAAGGGAGUUCCAUAUAGCAUUUCCAUUUAG